AUGUUACUAUUUUGGACUCUUUUACCAAUUAUUUUCUUGAUUAAGAUAGUAUAGAAGAAAACAAGAUUAGAUUAAUGCAAAACUAAAUAUUUUUAUGGGUAUUAUUAUGGGGAGCUAAAGAAUAAGCAUUUUUACUGGGAAUUUAUUAGAAUUUACUUAAAAAUUAUUUUAAUAUUUAUUAACACUUUUCUUAAUUAAAAUAAUCAAAUAACAAUAAACUCAAUCCUUAUCGUUAUUGGAAUUUAUUUAAUAUUGCUUAAAAGAGUAAAUCCUUUUAUAUCUUAAAAUAUUCAAUCAAGCGAAUUAUAAGCUUAUUCAUUAUUAAUAGCAAAAAUAUAUUUAAAUUCAAUAAAUUAGGAUUCCUAUUAAACUAAGAUAACAAUUGAGAUUUUACUAGUAUUAAUUGAUUAUAUAUUUUAUUUUAUUUGCUGGUACACAAUUUUGGUUUACAAAUCAAAGUAAGGCUCCAAUUUAUCUAGUCGAUUAAUUAGAGCCUUAUUUAAAAUAUUUGUUACUAAAAUUUACUAUUAAAAACAAAUAAUUAACUCAAAGACUUCUUUAAAAACAUUCAAGAGAUGGAAGUUAAUUUAAAAAAAUAUUGUGAAAAUUAUAUCACUAAGAGUGGCUUAAAACAUCAACUUAAUUACAUCACGAUCUAAUUAAUUAAAUAGUUAGCAAACAGAGUAUUAAUAAUAAAUAAUAACAGAAUAAUAGAAAUUAAAAAAAUGUAAUUAAAAUAGCCCUUUUGUUCUUUAAAAUUAAAGUUCUUUUAGAUAGAAACAAUUCCUUAGUUUAAAAAAAGCAAAAAACUGGAAUACAGAUGAAGGAAUGUUUAACAUUAUGAGUGAUUUUGGAUUAAAAUCUGAUUAAAUUUUAGAUGAGUAAGAUCCAAGUAAAGUAUAAAAAUAUUGUUUCACACCUAAAUCCUUGAUUUCUAACACUAAACAAUCCAACAUAAUACAUGAUGAGUAAAAUAUAUGUAUUGAUGAGUGA